UCCUCCUCAGGCUGCGGGAAGGCGCCGCCUGGCCGCUUGGUACUUCUGCUCCCUUCUCCCACCGCCAAUAACAGGCUGGAUUACCGCAGGCAGAGGCGGUGUCCCCGCGCUUAGUGGCUUGCGGGGAAGGACUGCCAAGCCCACCGCCGCUUUGCAACGCGCUCACCAGCCGUCAGGGCGAGCGCAGGGAGCGGGCAUCGCGCGCCUCUCGGGUCCGCCGGCGAGCGGAUCCGCCUUCCCAAAAGGGAUCGCUCGGGACGAAGAAGACGCCUCUGCCUCUCUCCUUCCGUGACCCGCGAGCGGAUCGAGAGGUUAAGAGGGCGGGAGGGCGGGAUGAAGUUGGGCAAAAAGUCGCCUCCGUCUCCUGCUGCUUCACCAUCGUUGCUUUCCCUUCUUCCACGCAACAGAUAGGCACCCAGCGCUCCCCGGUGAGCCCCGCUUCUUUUGGAGAGUUUUGCAACCAGCUGAGAGGAGCGAGACGCAGAGGAUUUCUCCCCCCGCCCGCACAACACACCCACCCAACCACCACCACCCCUCUUCCCCUCUCCGGCUGUGACUUCCUUGUUAGUUUUUCCACAGUGGUGUUUUGUUUUGUUUUUUUAAAGUCUGUUUGGAAAUGGCAAAGGCAGUGACGCCUGCAAGGGAACAAGUGUGGGAAAAGGCAGAGGAAACCGGAGCUCAAUGACAGGAUGCGGGAGACUUGAGGAGAUACACACGCGAAACAGAGAAGCGCCUCUUGCUACCGACGGGACUCUUGUUGCUGCUGCUGCUGCUGCUGCUGCUGCCGCCCCUGAGCUGCGACCCAGCCCGCUUUCUGAUCUUUUUCAACGGCCCUACCGGAGGAUUUAAGAUCUAAAAGGGAUUGUCUGCCGAGACGGGAUAUUGUGUUCUCUUCUUUCUUCAGUCCCUUCUGUGCUAAGAAAGGAAGAUGGGCUGGGGACUCUUCCUGCAUUGGGCAGCCCUCAGCGUCGCGCUUGGCAGGGCUUUGAAGAGUGAUAAAUGUGGUGAAAAUAUUAAAAUCGUAGAGCCCGGGUAUCUCACCUCUCCUGGCUACCCUAAUACUUAUCAUCCAAGCCAAAAAUGUGAAUGGCUGAUUCAAGCUCCUCAACCGUACCAGAGAAUUAUGAUCAACUUCAAUCCUCACUUUGAUUUGGAGGACAGAGAGUGCAAGUACGAUUAUGUUGAAGUGAUUGAUGGAGACAACGCAAGUGGGCGAGUAUGGGGAAAGUUUUGCGGCAAGAUCGCCCCCCCUCCUGUGAUAUCUACAGGACCACACCUCUUAAUCAAGUUUGUCUCUGAUUAUGAAACUCAUGGAGCAGGCUUUUCUAUUCGCUAUGAAAUUUUCAAAAGAGGACCCGAAUGCUCUAGAAACUAUACAUCCAUGAGUGGAGUGAUCAAAUCGCCAGGAUUCCCUGAAAAAUACCCCAAUAGCCUUGAAUGCACUUACAUUGUCUUUGCACCAAAGAUGUCAGAAAUUAUACUGGAAUUUGAAAGCUUUGAACUGGAACCCGAUUCAAACCCUCCAGGAGGAGUGUUCUGCCGCUAUGACCGAUUAGAAAUCUGGGAUGGAUUCCCUGAAGUUGGCCCUCACAUAGGUCGAUACUGUGGGCAAAACACACCAGGACGUGUACGCUCUUCAACUGGCAUACUUUCUAUGGUUUUCUACACCGACAGUGCAAUAGCAAAAGAAGGAUUCUCUGCAAACUACACUGUGCUGCAGAACAGUGUAUCAGAAGAUUUCCAGUGUGCUGAACCACUAGGCAUGGAAUCUGGUGAAAUCCAUUCUGACCAAAUCAGUGCUUCUUCUCAGUAUAGCACCAACUGGUCUUCAGAAAGGUCCCGAUUAAAUUACCCUGAAAAUGGAUGGACACCUGGUGAGGAUUCCAGCAGAGAAUGGAUACAGGUGGACUUGGGCCUUCUCCGUUUUGUGUCUGCUGUUGGGACUCAGGGAGCCAUCUCAAAAGAAACUAAAAGAUGGUAUUAUUUGAGAACAUACCGAGUGGAUAUAAGCUCCAAUGGAGAAGACUGGAUUUCAGUUAAAGAUGGAACUAAUAAACCAUUGGUGUUCAUAGGGAACACCAACCCCAGUGAAACUGCUUACAGAAGUUUUCCCAAGCCAGUCCUGACACGUUUUGUUCGAAUCAAACCUGUAACCUGGGAAACUGGGAUUUCACUGAGAUUUGAAGUGUAUGGAUGUAAAAUUACAGAUUAUCCUUGCUCUGGCAUGCUGGGAAUGGUGUCUGGACUUAUCACUGACUCUCAGAUUACUGCAUCAAAUGAAUUGGAGCGAAACUGGAGCCCAGAAAAUGUCCGUCUUAUAACGAGCCGUGUAGGGUGGGCUCUACCGCCACCCACCACUCAUACAUAUUCAAAGGAAUGGCUCCAAAUAGACCUUGGUGAAGAGAAGAUAGUGCGGGGCAUAAUUGUCCAGGGAGGCAAACACAGAGAGAACAAGGUCUUCAUGAGAAAAUUCAAGAUUGGAUACAGCUACAAUGGAUCAGACUGGAAAUGGAUUGUGGAUGCCAGCAAAAAGAAGGCCAAGGUUUUUGAAGGCAACACCAACUAUGAUACCCCUGAGCUCCGUACAUUUGAACCUACCACCACACGAUUCAUCCGUGUUUACCCUGAAAGAGCCACCCAUGGUGGAUUGGGGCUCAGGAUGGAACUACUGGGCUGUGAAAUUGAAGUACCUACAGUGGUCCCAACCACCCCUGACAGCAACCUUGUGGAUGAGUGUGACGAUGACCAAGCAAAUUGCCACAGUGGAACAGGUGAUGACUUCCAGUUGACAGGCAGUACCACAGCCGUGAUAACAGAAAAAACAACAGCAUUUGACACUACAGUACAGCCAGAACUCCCAGCAUAUGGCUUCAACUGUGGAUUUGGCUACAGUUCUCAGAAAACAAUCUGCCGUUGGGAGGAUGAUAGUCAACUAGACCUGAGGUGGACGGUGCUCACCAGCAAAACAGGGCCCAUUCAAGACCACACAGGAGAUGGCAAUUUCAUUUACUCACAAGCUGAUGAACACCAGAAAGGCAAAGUUGCACGGCUCAUCAGCCCCAUCAUCAACCCGCACAACACUGCACUCUGCAUGACUUUUUGGUAUCAUAUGUCGGGAGCCCAUGUUGGCACACUACGAAUCAAACUGCGGUACCAGCCACCUAAAGAGUAUGAUCAGGUCUUGUGGACGCUGAGUGGCAAUCAGGGAAACUUCUGGAAAGAAGGGCGGGUCCCUCUCCACAAAUCUGUGAAACAUUAUCAGGUGAUGGUGGAAGGAGAAAUUGGAAGAGGAAAUGGAGGAAUUGCAGUUGAUGACAUUAACUUUGACAACCGCAUAGCACAGGAAGCGUGCCAAAAGUCAAAUGAUGCAGGAAACGAAAUAGUCGAAGUAGAGCCAGAUAUUAAUCAAACAGGUUAUACGCCUGAUUACCCUGAAAUCGGGAAGCCCUACAAUGAUAACAUCUCCAGGAAGCCGGGCAACGUGCUGAAGACCCUCGACCCCAUUCUCAUCACCAUCAUCGCCAUGAGUGCCCUGGGGGUGCUUUUGGGGGCCAUCUGUGGUGUCAUUCUGUACUGUGCCUGUUGGCACAAUGGGAUGUCUGAUAGGAACUUAUCUGCACUGGAGAACUACAAUUUCGAACUUGUGGACGGCGUGAAAUUGAAAAAAGAUAAACUGAACACACAAAAUACUUACUCAGAGGCAUGAAGGUGUAGAAGCAGCUGAAGAAGUUUCAGAGAAUUGAGAUGGAAGGACAUAUAACUAGCUUCUGCUGGGGAACUGUGGAUCUUCUUUUACUGUACAGGCUGAAAACUGCGUUGAGGACGCUGAGCCAAGCUUUUCUCAGGAGCUUCAGUGAGUGUAACAGAUAUACUAAAACAUGGACAACAAUCUGUGCUAAGCAAUCUGAAUCAUGUACAGUCUACUUCUGUUUCUGUUUUAAUUUGGAAUAAUCAAAUGCUGGUGUUGAGACCAAGUAUGAUCGACUUAAGAGGGGGUGUUUCAUUUUGUUUUUUUACUUCUUCUUCUUCCUUCGUUCCCCCCCCCCCCGGGUUCCUUCUUGGUUUUGUUUCCUUCCUCCUCUCCCCCCCCCACCCCACACUUUGAUAAAUAAUGUUUAUUUUUUACUGUGCAAAAAUCCAAGAUGCUGUCACAAAGUGUAUUUUGGUGGGGGUCCUUUGAAUGGACAUGCUGUCUGUAACUCAGUGCCCAGAAAAAAAUAUCGGAGUAACAGCAACUUAAUGGAUUCCUGAACCUGUAUUUGUGUAUAAUUGCUUGUGUUGUGCAUAGGCAAAAGAGGGUUAGGGUGUUUUUGAGAAGAAAAAAAAGUACUGUAGCAUCAGUACUGGUAUAGUGUGUCAGCUCUGUUUACCAAGCAAUACAGUCAGAAUUUAUUGGUGUUUCUCAGUGUUGUACUAAAUUUUGUGCUUGUGAAUUCCAUACAAGAAAUACGUGCCAUCAUCCAGAAACAACCGGCAAACCGAGUGUACUGCCUAUAACUGUAACAAAGCGAAAGUCCUUGGCACUGGCUAGCAUAUGUCCUCUCAAGUGCCUUUUUGUUUGUACUGCUUCUCAUUGUGUUAACGUUCACUCCAACUUUGUCUCCCUCCAGUUAAAGUCCUUGUCCUUCUUACUUAUCCUGAGGGCUCACUGACUAACAAGAAAGUAUAUUUUAGUGCAAGUAAACCUUGGGAAGGCAAGGGCUAAGGAAACCGGACAACUUGGCGGCUUGAUUCUUCCACUUCCUGUAUUUCAAUUUAAUGUCUCUGCACCAUUUUUGUACAAAGCUGCAAUAUUUCCCCCCCUUCCUCUUCCUUUGAUCGUUCUUUCAUAUAGAAUGUAUUUUCAAAUAUAAGCGCUCUCUUUCUCUCUC